CUUUUUUUCUGUCUCUGACAUCGGUUGCGUUUCCAUGUGAUCGACCAUAGUAUUUUUUUUAUUUUUUAUUUUUUUGAUUACUUGAUCGACCAUAGCAUCACACUUGUGAGUUGGUAACAAGUCCACCUUUUUCCCCUUUAAUCUUAAAUCAGCCCUGCUUGUUGAUUGAUGAUCCCAAUUUAUUUGAUUGACUACUCCAAAUAAAUCGUACUUGGAGUUUAAUCCAAAUGACAUUAGCCAAGUCCUAAGACUAAGAGCCUUUAUAUCUGUAGCAUAUAGAACAAGUUGAUACGGAGGCAUGCAUGACCCACCGACUUCUUUAAAAGUAAUGUUAUGUCACAGAAGUGGCAUGCAUGUCGACCACCGGUAUUUUUCAAUUUAUUAUUUUUUUAUAAAUAUAGUAAAUAAUAAUUAUUGAAAAAUGGAUAAACUUUCCAGAUCUGAUGCCAUUUAAUUAUCCACAGAUAUGAUAAAGAAAGAGAGAGAGAGAGAGACCCGUUUCGAGACGUUACGUGUUCUGCGUAUAGUAUAGUAUAGUAUAGCCUUUCUUCUUUCUUCUUCACAUUUAGUUGGCUAUAAAGAGCGAACCCAACCGCACUCUGUUUUUCAUUCAUAUUUUCCACUUACAACUAAAACUAAACCGAGGAAGAAAGAGCAGAGAGUGAGAGAGAGAGAUCAAAGAAUGGCGGGAAUCAUCCAGAAGAUCGGGGAGAAGCUCCACAUGGGCGGUGGAGCAGAACAGCACAAGGACACAAAAGAUGAGCACAGCAAGGACAAGCAGCACUCCUCCUCCUCCGCCGACGCCCACAAGCAGCAGGGCGAGCACAAGGAAGGCAUCAUCGACAAGAUCAAGGACAAGCUCCCCGGCGGCGGCGGCGACCACAAGGAAACCGCCGGCACCCACGACGGCGAGAAGAAGAAGAAGAAGAACAAGGACAAGAAGAAGGACAAGAAGAACCACGACGGGGGACACGACAGCAGCAGCAGCAGCGACAGCGACUGACCGGCCCGGCCCAGCUGAUUUCUCUUAAUAAUCAAGGUGACUACCAAUUAAUUAAGUAUUUUCAUCAUCAAAUAAUUAAUCUGAAUCUGGGAAUCAGAUCUAAAAUCGAUUUCUCCGAAUCUAAUCUCAAAUUUUUUUUUCCUUGUUCAUGCUCAGGGUUUUACUGUGCGAAGCUCCAUCUCACACAACGUUUGCCAGAGUGCUUGCUUUGCUUUGUGUGGAACUAUUUAGCUAGAAGAAUAAUCGACCCAUGCUGUGCUGUUUUCUUCUUCUUAUUUUGGAUCUGGUCAUAUCCCAUAUGUGUUCCGCCGUUUCACUGUUGUGAGCUAUCCUUUUAUGUAUGUCUAUGUGUCUCUGCUAAUCUCUGUUUUAUGCUUAUUAAGACUCCUUAUCUAAGCUACCUACCUGUUCCCUCUUUUUAGUUCAAUCAAAAUGCCAACCAAGAGUGUGGAAACUGAAGGAGGUUGUAAACAUCCUAGGCCAAAAAUAAUAAAUUUCAACAACUCUUACUAUCAAUCAAUACCCUAUUAUAGAAUCUCAAACUUUAAUCAAUAUACUUUUAAUGAUCCCCACCAAAAAAAAAAAAAACGUUCAUCUAACUUUGUUGAUGUCGCAUAAUGAACUUGCCCGGGUAUGUAUUUUACGACUUAAAACUCCAUUGGGAAGAAAUUUUGAGUUCUAUCACCCAUUUCGUCGGUUUGUUGAUGAUAGUAAGCGAGUCUUCUACCACUUCUAGUGUGGCCAUAGUUGAAUAAAAACUUGUAAUUCGACACACUUCCCAAAUAAAAAACCCUAAAAUUCAAAACUGAGAUGACAAAUCUCUAAAAUAUAAGGAGACACAUUCAGAACUCCAAAUUGUAGGGUUUUGAAUUUCCGAGAGUGAUUUCUGGAAGGACAGGUCGAACAUUUCACCUUUUUAAUUGCAACCUCUGAGAGAAGGCCACAUAAAGACCAAAUUUGUUGUAACACGAAUUCACUUAAAAGCCCAAACCAAAUCUCAUUUGAAAAAGCCCAAAAUUGGCUGGCCAGGUAGGGAUUGGUUCUAUCUAAGGUGAGCUCAUUCUACCUCCAGUCACCUCUUCAGUUCUUCCUUUCUCUGCCGGCAAGCGACAGCCAAUAAUCAAUUGGCACCAAAUCCCUUAAUCCCUUCACUAUGCCCAAUUUCAUUUUACCCGUUCCUAGGUUACUUCUAUUUUUUAUAUUCUUCAUCUUCGGCUGAGUUUGAUGGUUAUUCAUAUUGGAAUACCCAUUCGAGCCAUGGUGAAAAAUUCAAUUUCGAGGUCGACAUGGGAAGUUAUCGAUUGGUGGAAAUUAGCGUCGUGGCCAUAAGCAGAGGAAGCAUGAGUCGAUUUUACCCGAGUCCCUUCACCAGCUGAGUGUACAAAAAAAGGAAGGAAAAUGAUCAGCUACGCAGUUGAGUUCCUUACCAUUAUCCCAUCUCCGAUCCACUUCCCCGCAAAAUCCGUCCAAGGUAUCGACUGCACCCCAUGUCAGAUUCGACGAUGUUGCUGGUCGUGUCUACGAGGAAUUUUGUUCAUUACAUCAACUAUCAGAUUCGUCAUUUAUAUGCCCCAUGCCAAUAGAAUCACUUCACAGAGCAGAUUGCAAUUCUUCAGUCCUCUGUUCUUCACUUCUCCCAGGUUCAUAGUCUUCUCAACUUUUUUUUAAAAAAUUGUGUAUCAGCAUCGGCAAGAUAAUUUAAUCCUUUAGUACUUUUCUUUCUCAUGUAUGUUAGCCUUUUGCAAGAUGGAAGUCAACAGAAUGCGAGACUUGGAUUCGAAGAAACAACUAUAGUUUCUAGGUUGUGGCUUGGAGUGAAUGUCACCACAGACAAAAUACUCCAUUUGGACUUGAUCCUCAUGGAUUCAAAGGUAAUCUUGCUUUGUAUAGCGAAAUAAAUUCCAGCUUUUAACAAUGAAGUGGCCUAGUUCUAAUUUCUAUUUUAUGACACCCAGGGCAAUGACAUAUUUGUUCUUAUUUGUCCGGGGCUGCAACAGAAGUUCAAGCAACUGCUAAAGGAGCACCAUGUUUACAUAAUCACGGACUUUGAUAUCAAAGCAACCAGUUUGACACACCGAGCGAUUGUCAAUCCAUAUGUAUUGUCCUUUACUCGAAAAACAACUGUUCAACAUAUCUCUAACAUCUCCUUCAUUCCUACUUUCAAGUUCACUUUCAUGAAAGCAAGUGAUAUCCAUCUAAAAAAGAGGAAAAAAUCAUCCUCUCAGGUUAAUUCCUCAACUCAUUCUAUUUUGGAUGGUACUGACCCUUCAUUGCAGCUCAUGUUAAGUAUUUAUUUCUUAGAUGUUAUGGUACAAAUUUUCAAUAUUUGUAGUACUACAAAACCUAAUCUAAUGGUUAUAAUUUGGGAAGGAAAGAUCAAAUGGUCCACAUCAUAAAAGGGAAAGGAGGAAAAUAAGAGGGGCUACCUAGAUUUACGGCCCAGUUGUCUGGAUUUGGAGCGGGCUGACAUAUAUUAUUCCUAGACCAUUUUCAAAUUGCAUACAAAAAUUCAAUGGACUAUAACACAUUCAUUUUACAUAGGACUUCAAAAAAAAUUUGUACACAAAAAUCAUAUUCAAUUUGUGCCCAACAAGAUGAUAUUUUUUGGAGUAAACAUUUUUCAGGUCAUCAUAUACCACUGCUAUAUCUCUAUAUUACUUUUUUUUAUAAACAUCUCUAAAUUACUUCUGAUAGUGGUAUGAUAUCAAAAUGGUAUAAUGGUGAUAUGCUAGUGAUAUAAUGUUGAUAUGAUAGUGAUAUUAUGUUGGUAUGAGUUCUUAUGUUCGAACAAAUGUUUUGAUAAUAUCAUAUCAGUGUCUUAUCAUGAUAAUAUCCACUACAACAAAUUCGGUCUAUUGUGACGGUAGGAUUUUGUCAUAUUAGACCUAUGUUUUGUCAAAUUAGGGUUAUUAUGACAAAGGUUGUUGUCACAAGGUGUUGUCAUUUAAUCUCCGCCAGGAUAGGUCAAAUGUGACAAAGAUUUAAAAUACAGUUGUCACAUUUGGUGUAUGAUAUUGUGACAAAGUCUUGUGUCAUAAAUGGUAAAAAAGUGAUAAAUAGUUUUGUCACAAUAAGGGUGUGGUUUGUCACAUUUGGACUUUGGUUUGUCAGUUUAUCUCAUGUUCUAGUUAGUCUAUUGUGACAAACGGAGAUUUUAUGAUGAAAUAUUUUGUCAUUAGUUUUGUCGUAAUUUGAUGAUUUUUCAGAAUUGUUAUUCAUAUUACAUGAUUAUACGACGAACAUAUUUUGUCAUUAUUGCAUAUUAUGACGAGUUUGGUUUGCGGGGAAGGUGUUGUAUGUGCCUCUUGUCACAAUAUUUGUUAGGUAAUAUACAAUAAAGUCAUGAAUUGACU